CAUAAAAUUAGUCAUACAUUCAUAAAUGCCAAAAGAAAAAUUACCCUUGCCAGAAAUUGGACCUUCUGCUCCUCCCCCUUAUGAGGCUGCUAUUAGCCAACUUAAUUCCUUAACGGGACCAAGGAAUGAUGCACCUAAAAUUAAGGAUCUUGAUAAUAAAAAUAGGAAUUCAAUCACUGGAUUAUUGACAGAUGUAAUAGGAGCAGGUGUACAUAGAAUUAAAGAGACAGGGAAAUAUAUAUCAAGCAAGGAACAUAAAUAUAUUCAAACUAACAAUAUAAUUCAACUACUUUCUCGUUCAUCUGGCCAUUCCCUCCAAAUAUUGCAAACUCCUCAAGGACAACUAUUUUUGGAUGGGCUUGGACGUGAAGGCCCUUCAUCAUAUAAUAGUCUUUUCACGAUAUACAAAGAUUCCUUUAGCCACAAAAUCACGUUGCAUAAUCAAUUCAAUUACAUCGCCAUUAUUAAUGGAGCGUUAACUAUAAUUCAAGGGGCUCAAACUGGUCCUAUAGAUCAAUGCUAUUUUAACGUUCGUGAGGUGAUAGGCUCCAAUUCUAAAUACGUGGUUUUUGAGUCAGAUAAAGAACCGGGAAGGUAUAUUGCCGUUAACUCAUCCGGCAAAAUUAAAUCUCCCUUGACUACUUCAUAUGCUGAUACGGAAGCCCAUUUCGCAGUCAGAUUAAUCCAUUCUCCUAAUGACACAGAUAGAAACUCUUACACGAAAAAGUAAAAUCAAUUUAUUCCUUCGACACUAUCAAUAUUUUAGUGCAAUUGAAUCGUUCAUAUUGAUUAAAACGACGGUGAUAGUAUAAUAAAAUAUUAUAUAUUUACAUAUAAAAUUUAAUUCUUUAUUUCAAUUUAUUGUAUUAAUUCAUCUCCGACUUUGGACACCUGAA